AUGGCGGUUUUCCUGUUUGUCAUGAUCUCCACACUGAAUCGUUCACAACAAGAAAUGGAUUCUAAGCGAUCAGAUCCCGUGGAGCUUCCGAAAACUGAGAAAAAAGAAUUGACAACUGAUUGGGACACUUUGGAUGGAGUUGGGUACAGAUUUGCAAAGGAUAAGGAAAUCGUAAUGGAUCCCCGAUUUGAAGAACUGGAAAAACUGCCAACUUGUGACCUGACAGUUGACAAGACCUCUCAAAAAAUUGACAUUCCAAAGCUGAUGGACUCAUUUCAAGACUGUAUCAGGCCUAUUGUAAAUGAAUGGAAAAAUGAUUUGAAAGCGAAAGAGGAGAACAUAAUGGUAACGCUGGGUAUUGGUCAUGACACUAUGGCGGAAGAAAAACUGAACAGAACUCUCCCCAACACGAAAUUCUUCGGAGCCGACCCGAUAAUUGAGCCGAACCGCCAACUUUACACAGCUUUCGGAAAAUACUUCCCGUUUGCAAUUGGCAAGAAGCCUGGUUUCACGAAAUUCCGAGUUCUUCCGAAUCAAAAUCAGAGAACAAGAAAGUACCAGUAUCAAGAUGUCACUACAAUCCCGCUCACCUAUUUUUUGUCUGACAUUUUGGGCUUGGAGCAAAUCGAUAUUGCGUGGAUCGAUAUCGAAGGCGGCGAGUUUGAAUUCCUCGACCAACUGCACAAAGGUGGUCCACUGGACGAAAAAGGAGUCUCGAUUUGCCAAUUCAACCUGGAAGUUCACUCGAAAUUCCACCCACCUGGAGCUCAGAUCUAUCACGAUUUUGUGUUCAAAGUGCUCGAGGACAGGCGCUACGUCUUCCUGAAACCGGCACACAGCGAUUCUGGCGUACAUCGCAUGUUCUUUUUUAAUUUGGAAAACGAGAAAUGUGUUAGGAAAUUUCUUCAAUAAAGUAGUUUUAGUUAGU